AUGCGAAGACUUCUUUCCACAAUGGCUGGUGCAAGGAAAUUCGCUCCCCUCAAGGAAGGGGCAGCAGGGAAUACUCACCUGCCUGAGCUCAAGGGCAUUGUGUUUGAUGUCGAUGGAACACUCUGCAAACCACAAAACUACAUGUUUGGUGAGAUGCGCAACGCCCUGUCCAUCUCCAAGGAGGUCGACAUACUCGAACACAUCUACUCUCUCCCCACGCCAGAGGACAGAGAGAAGGCCAUGGAAUCAAUCCGUGACAUCGAACGCACGGCAAUGUCCAAGCAGCAGGCCCAGCCGGGCCUCGUCGAGCUGAUGAGCUAUAUCGACAGCAAGUCCCUGCCUAAGGGAAUCUGCACCCGCAACUUUGAUAUGCCCGUCGAUCACCUACUCACAAAGUUCUUGUCUACCGUCAAGCCCUUCCACCCGAUUAUCACACGUGAGUUCCGGCCGCCUAAGCCAGACCCAGCUGGUAUCCUCCACAUAGCUCGGUCGUGGGGUCUUGUGCGACUCGCCCCCGCGGGCGGCACCGAGGGUGAGCUAAAGAAGGUGUUCAUGGCGGACAGUGCCGAGGUCAAGUCCGAGAUCGUGGACAGCGGCAAUAAUGGCGUGGCUGAGCUGGACGGCGAAGGUCAGAAAUGGCAAGGAAAUGCAAGCGGCUUGAUAAUGGUAGGCGACUCCAUUGACGACAUGACCGCCGGCCGCAGAGCAGGUGCGGCAACGGUGCUCCUUGUCAACCCGGCCAAUGAGCACUUGGCCAGUCAUGAGCAUACCGAUUUAGUGAUCAACCGGCUGGACGAACUGAUUGGCCACCUGGAGGAGGGAUUUACGGGGAGGCAGAUAUAG